UUUUUUUUUGGCGCAAAAAUUUCUAAAUCUUUUCCAAUUUUCCCUAGGUAAAAGCUUCUCUUUUUUUUUCCGCACUGCUCUGUUUCUCUCUCUCGAUCGCUCGAUCGAUGAACGAUCGAUUCCGAAUGGACGACUUCACAGCUCCUUCCUUCUCUCUCGGCCUCGAUCUCGACAUCGCCGAUCUGUCCACCGAGGACGAGGAAGGGAAUGAUAACGGAGAGGAAGAGCGGCGCCCCCUUUUCCCCGUUCCGUCUCCCGCGGUGGAAGAUCCAUCCUUUGAGCGCUUCCCGGAGCAUGGAUUCGUAGAGGGAGAGCCGAGCGGUCACGAAGAGAUCCCUGCUUCGGAGGCCGUUCAGGAAACCCCUCUUCCGGCCUUCAAGCGCUUACGGCGAGGCCCGCCGCCGCCGCCUUCUCGUCGUAUCCCUUCGCCGAUCGCUCAUUCUCCUAUAUGUGAUGACGGAGGCACGAUGAAUGGUGAUAUUUCUCCAGAAGAUGAUGACAUUGAAGCUUUUUCGUCCCCAGAAGAUAACCCUAGUCGAGACAAGUAUUCUUCAGUGAGAAGUCACAUCACUAGCAGAUCUUCAAAGUUUUCACUUCAGAAAAAUGGAAUUCUUACAAAUCAAUCAACAAUGAAGCUGAACAAGCCGAGAAUAACAACAGCAUCUGAAGACAUUACUUCUACGGUUUCACAUGAAAAUUGCAAUAAAAUAUUUUUUCAAAAUUCGAACAUUAGUCCUCUACGGAAAAUCUAUCUACUGAGUUCUGAUUCUGAUAACCCUCUUAGUGAUGAUGAAUGCAAGUACAAUAAAAUUGUUGAUGCUAACAGAUUGAUGGAGAAAAAAUUGAUAAGUAAAAAUGAACAGCAUAAAAGUCUCAGAUAUGAAAAAUCCAAGAAGGACAGUUUCUGGGAAGAUUUAAGCCCUAAGAAAAGCAUAAGCUUAAGUACACCUGCUCUAGAUCAGUUUUGUGAAGACUAUUUCAAAUCAACAAAGGAUCUAGAAUCAGGAAGGAACAGAGAAGAAGACAUGGUUUUCUGCAGUUCAAGAGUAACUGAUACAAAAAGGCAAAGAAAUAUCAUUGGAAAUGCAGAACAAAAUUGUAAUUUGCCUAAUGCAGAACCACCUUCUUUUCAGUAUUUCUACCACAAUGACUUGAGGAUUCAGAUGCUAGUAAAGCAACGAUUGCCCUACUUUAUUCCUCUUGGUACAGAAGUUCAGAAGCAACUUGGGACAAGAAAUAUAAACUACAUGAAUCAAUUUGGUGCAAGAGAUACCCCUAGUGAUGCACGUAAAACCAGCAAGCAGGAUGUUGCUGGAAGUUCUAAAAAGAGAAGAAAGGCAAAGGAUGCUAAUCUAAAGGAACCAAAUGCUUCUGGCGGUUGGGCAUGCCCCAAAAAGAGUGCCGUUAGUGUUAUCCCAAAAGAUGCUGGGAAAAGGCGAGUUCAUGCUAGUGGCCAUCAAUCUGGUCACUGGUUUACUGAUGAAAGUGGAAGAAAGGUCUAUGUAACCAAAGAUGGUGUAGAGUUGUCAGGCCAACAAGCUUAUAGACAAUAUAGGAAGGAGAGUGGUGCUGGAUUCAGGAAGUCGAAGAAAAAAGCUGCUACCAAGAGAAAAAUGAAAUAACAAGCAUUUUUUGGCCUGAGUCCCUUUUUUAUCUGUUUCUCUUCACAUUUAGUAAGAGCUGUCCGUUUUUCCUUCCAUAUAACCAUUCUUAUUCCCUCUGUUCUCUUUGGAUAUUAAUUGUCUAUUAUAAGAAGAAACAUUUUACCA